UGCUCCUGUUCUGAGCAGCGCUACGUCAGCAGUGAUACGGAAACAUGGCGGUGUCCACAACGCGGCAGCGGCCGGUUAUCAGCGCUCGUUUAUUGCUGUUUGUGUUUUUUACUACCUUAAUGUUUUACCGCUGUUUAACCACACAGGUUUCGAGCACGUCGGCGUCAGACGCGCCUCCUCACCGCCGCUUUGAGUACAAAUACAGCUUCAAAGGUCCGCACUUGGCUCAGUCUGAAGGCAGCAUUCCGUUCUGGAUCCACACAGGAAGUGCUAUUCCGAGUGCUGAUCAGGUGCGCAUUACGCCGUCCCUCAGGAGUCAGAGGGGCUCAGUGUGGACUAAAAAUAAAGUCGACUUUCAACACUGGGAGGCUGAAGUGACAUUCCGAGUAUCUGGAAGAGGCAGAAUGGGAGCAGACGGUUUGGCUGUGUGGUACACAGUUGAACAAGGCCUCGACGGCCCAGUGUACGGUGCCGCUGACAAGUGGACUGGACUGGGAAUCUUCUUUGACUCUUUUGACAACGACGGAAAGAAAAAUAAUCCAGCUAUAAUUGUUGUGGGAAACAACGGCAACCUUGUUUAUGACCACCAAAAUGACGGCACCACACAAGCCCUUGGAACAUGUUUACGAGACUUCCGCAACAAACCGUAUCCUGUCAGAGCCAAAAUAACCUACUACAAGAAGACGCUGAUGGUGAUGAUCAACAACGGUUUCACACCAGACAAAGACGACUACGAGUUCUGCACAAAGGUGGACAACAUGAUCAUUCCCAAAGAGGCCUUCUUUGGCAUUUCUGCAGCCACUGGUGGCUUAGCAGAUGACCAUGAUGUUUUGUCCUUCUUGUUAUUCAGACUAACAGAGCCAGACCAGCAACCGCCUCCACCUGAUUCUGAGAUUCCAAAAUCGGACAAGGACAAGUACCAGGAGGAAUUUCAGAACUUUCAGCAAGAGCUCGACAAAAAGAAAGAGGAGUUUCAAAAAGAGAACCCAGACAUUCAAGGAGGGCCAAUUGAGGAUAUUUAUGAGAGCGUGAGUGACCGGGAGAUCCGCCAAGUGUUUGAAGGCCAGAACCGGAUCCAUCUAGAGAUCAAACAGCUCCACAAGCAGCUCGCUAUGAUCCUGGACGAGCAGCGGCGAUACGUCUCUGUCAUCACAGAUGAGAUUUCCAAGAAGGCAGCUAGUGUUGGCUCAGGACAGCCAGAUUCUGGAGGACAGCAGUUGGGUUCUAUUAUGGCCACCCAGCAGGAGGUUCUCAGAAAUCUCAAUGAGCUGAAAAACAGUUUCCAUGCCUCACUGACACAGAUAGGCUCAGCCCAACACCAAGGCAACGCAAUGGGAACAUACGAAACCAUGCAACACUUCAACGACCUCAAAGAACAUCUACACACAGUCAAAAGGGACAUGGAGCACCUGGUCCAGCGUAACGCUCAGAAUCCUGGUGAGAAAGUCCUGAAGUGUCCUGAUCUGCCAGCCAUGCCUUCUUGCUUGUCCACUGUCCAUUUUGUUGUCUUUGUGAUUGUUCAGACCGUCCUGUUCUUUUGCUACAUCAUGUACAAAAGUCACCAAGAAGCAGCAGCAAAGAAGUUCUUUUGAUGAAACACAUUCACAUAAUGUGUGUGAAUGGGGACUUCUUUUUUUUUUUUUUUUUUUUUUUGAUAAUUUUGGCUUGAUAAUUUUGGGAUUGUAAGUUAUUAUACUUGAAAAAAAUAGUUUUGGUUGAGUUUGUUCUGAUUAGGUGCAGACCUUUUUAAUUUGAUCAUUACAGUAUGAAUGGUCGUCCAAAUGUGAGAAGUACUAUUGUGGGUUUCCGACAUGAUGUAAAAUGUUACAGUAUUUUUGAUUCUUUGCUUUAAAAGUCAAUUUCUGGCAGCCAUUCCAUGAACUGACUUUGGAAGAAAACAAAACAUGAACCCAUUUUCAAAUGCAGUUUUGUAUAAAGGAUGAAGUAUGGUGAUAAAGGCAGAUGUCUCAUUCUUUA